AUGAGAGUAAUUGCCGUGAAACUGAGUGAAUGGAAUCCAAGUGACGACCUAUUCAAUAAACUCCUUUCAACCCUAGACACAGCCUCAAUUGAACGUACUAAAGCAUACAGAUUUAAGGAUGACGCGAAGAGAUGUAUUAUUGGAAGACUGCUGCCACGAUACAUACUCACGAAAUACUUCAACAUUGAUUGGAACUUAAUUUCAUUCGGUGCAACUCCAGAGAAUAGACCUUUCUAUUCUAAUCCUGUCGACAUUCCAGUCUCAGAUUACAACGUAUCCCAUGACGGAGACUAUGUUUUAAUCGGUUAUACGCUAUCCCAUAACUCCAGAAUAGGCGUCGAUGUUACAAGGCUAGCUUUACCUCGCAAUACAACGCACGAAGAGUUCUACCAAGCAUUUGAGACACAGAUGCACUCCAGUGAAAGCAUCAAUCUACGCGCUAUGCCAGACCACACAUCGAAACUCAGCAGAUUGCUAUCUUUAUGGACACUUAAAGAGGCUUAUACGAAAGCCUUAGGUUUUGGAUUAGGGUUUGAUUUCAGCCGCGUGGCUUAUAGAUUCCCUUGCGAUUAUACUGCAGACUCAACGACCCCCACAACGCCCGAACAACGUCAACAGAACGCUGCUGCUAACAUCACAGCAGUCACAGUAGAUGGACGGGAUUUAAAACUCGGUUAUGUUACUCAAGGGGUUUUAAAUAGAUGGGGCUUUUUUCAGGCUCACUUGGAUGGCCAUCUUGUUGCUGUUUCGCUCAGAGAUGGUUCUGAAGGACAGUAUCAGCAGCAGGAAUGGCUUAGCACGAUACACGUAGAUGAUCUAGUGAAUGAUGUACUAUCUAUAAAGAACAAGUGA